AUGGACUCGUGCCGACUCAUAGUUGGUUGUGCCACGCCGUCAGAGGGUGUGGUUGGUACCCAGUUGUACGGUGACUUCGGCAUGGCGUGGGGUGCCGUCAGGUGGCACGCCGGCAUCGCUGCCUCCGGCCCCAGCGAGGAAGCGGAGAUACAGUCACUGAUUCCUGUCGUUGUCCUCCCCCACCAACCCAAUGCAAUGAAAGUGCACUCGGGGCCUUGCCUGUUGCCGGAAAUGGAUGUCCUGGUGAAAGUGUUACUACUUGGCAAGACUAAAAUGGUGGGCAAUGAGAAAGAGAAACAUGGGUCUAAUGUUGCACAAACUACUUUGUGUGAGAUACUAAAAUUUUACUAUAUCACGCUGCUGAGAGACCCCGUAUCUCGUUACCUCAGCGAAUGGCGUCACGUCCAACGAGGAGCUACCUGGAAGACUUCCUUGCACAUGUGUGAUGGCAGGACACCAACUCCUGAAGAGCUGCCGUCGUGCUAUGAAGGCACGGACUGGUCAGGCUGCACACUGCAGGAGUUCAUGGAUUGCCCAUAUAAUUUGGCCAACAACCGCCAAGUGAGGAUGUUGGCCGACUUGAGCUUAGUGGGCUGCUACAACAUGUCUUUCAUCCCAGAGAACAAGCGAGCACAGAUCCUGCUGGAGAGCGCAAAAAAGAACCUCAAAGACAUGGCUUUCUUCGGCCUGACAGAGUUCCAGAGAAAGACUCAGUACCUGUUUGAGAGAACUUUUAAUCUGAAAUUCAUCCGGCCCUUUAUGCAGUACAAUAGUACCAGGGCAGGAGGGGUGGAGGUGGAUAAUGACACCAUCCGGAGGAUUGAGGAGCUCAAUGACUUGGACAUGCAGCUCUAUGACUAUGCAAAGGACCUCUUCCAACAGCGCUACCAGUACAAACGGCAGCUAGAGAGGAUGGAGCAGAGGAUAAAGAAUCGGGAAGAGAGGCUUCUUCACCGGUCCAAUGAAGCACUUCCCAAGGAAGAGACCGAAGAGCAAGGACGCUUGCCCACUGAGGACUACAUGAGCCAUAUUAUAGAGAAGUGGUAGCCUAGGCAGACUUUUAUAUUAAUGAUAUUCUAGGAUUUCCAUAUAAAAGAUCAUGGAAGUAAAAUUACAAAAA